CCCGCGCUGAAACGCUCAUCCGCCAUUUGCAAUCGAGGUUCCAAGAUUACAGCUGUACUGUAUUUGUGACAUAAAGCAUUGAUUGUUAGCAAAGUGCUGUGUGGUGGUUGAAGAUGGGGACCAGAGUGUACAUUGGUCGCUUGUCUUAUCAUGCCCGGGAAAAGGACAUUGAUCGGUUCUUCAGAGGAUUUGGCAGAAUCAGAGAUAUAAUGCUAAAAAAUGGAUAUGGAUUUGUGGAAUUUGAUGACUACAGAGAUGCUGAUGAUGCUGUUUAUGAGUUAAACGGGAAAGAACUCUGUGGUGAAAGAGUGAGCGUCGAGCACGCCCGAGGGCCGCGCAGUGACGACUCGUUUCGUGACCGCGGCUUUAGAGGACGCCGUGGUGGUGGUGGUGGUGGUGGUAGGAGGGACAAUUCAAGGUAUGGGCCUCCAACCAGAACAGACCAUAGAUUGAUAGUUGAGAACCUGUCGUCGCGAGUCAGUUGGCAGGACUUGAAGGAUUACAUGCGUCAAGCUGGUGAAGUCACCUACGCAGAUGCCCACAAGAAACACAGGAAUGAGGGAAUCAUUGAGUUUGCCACAUCAUCAGACCUAAGAAAUGCCAUCGACAAAUUGGAUGGAACUGAGAUUAAUGGACGCAAAAUUCGCCUCCUUGAGGACAAACCAAGAAGAAACAGCCGUUCCCGAAGCCGCUCACGUUCAAGGAGUCGUCGUUCCAGAAGCAGAUCUGGCAGUGGCAGCCGAUCCCGAAGCAGGAGCAGGUCUCGCAGCGAGAGCAAGGACAAGAAAUCCAAAAGCAGAUCAGCCAGUCCUCGCAAGAAGUCUGUCUCUAGAUCUCGCUCAAGGUCACAUUCACGUUCCAGGACUCCCGAGAAAGAAAGAGAAAAUGGAGACCAGGAGCCUGAUGACAGAAAUGAUGAUGAUUGAACUGUUUAAUUGUGUGGAUGUGUGUAUGUAUGUUAAUGCACGUGGGAGCAUUUUUUCAUGUCAUAUUAUGUCAACUCACUGGUCCACCCGAAAGUCACAUUUUUAUACAUCAAGUAUUUUAGUUGAUAUUUUUUGCCUAUAUGUGACCUCAGCUGUAUAUAAUACAUUCUGCUCAUGUUAGUGUUCCAUAAAUACAUCAAAUAAAAUUUUGAAAUGUCUCAAA